UGAGAAACGCGGUUCGAUAAUUCUGUCGCUGCGCCGUCUCCUGGCAACCAGAUACGAGGAGCGAGACUCUUUUUAUUCCUCUGUGCGCUCCGUAGCCGAGGCAGCCCCACAACACAAUAAUAAAAAAGAUAUUCCCCGCCAUGGCGCUCGUCUCCGCCGACACACAGAUCUCAGAGCUCCUCAGUGAACUUCAUCAACUCAUCAAGCAGACUCAGGAGGAGAGAUCUCGCAGUGAACACAAUCUGCUCAACAUUCAGAAAACUCACGAGAGAAUGCAGACUGAGAACAAGAUCUCUCCAUACUACCGGACGAAGCUGAGAGGUCUCUACACCACAGCCAAGGCUGAUGCAGAGGCAGAGUGCGGGUCAGUCGGUCUGUGUAUCUGUCUGUCUCUCUGUUUGUUUGGAUUGGGGUAUAAACAAACCAGAGUGUCAGCGAGUCCCGAUCUCUCUCUCUCUCUCUCUCUGUGUUGCAGAAUCCUGCGCAGAGCCCUGGACAAGAUCGCAGAGAUCAAAUCACUGCUGGAGGAGCGCAGAAUAGCUGUGAAGAUGUCUGGCUUGUAUAGCGAUGCUGACCCCCCCCGGAAGACCAUGCGAAGGGGGGUGCUGAUGACCCUACUGCAGCAAUCAGCCAUGACUCUGCCGCUGUGGAUCGGGAAGCCAGGAGACACCCCUCCGCCCCUGUGUGGCGCUAUCCCGGCCUCCAGCGACUAUGUGGCAAAGCCUGGGGAUAAAGUGGCGGCACGGGUGAAGGCUGUGGACGGAGAUGAGCAGUGGAUCCUGGCUGAGGUGGUCAGCUACAGCCAUGCAGCCAACAAGUAUGAAGUUGAUGACAUCGAUGAAGAGGGCAAGGAGCGCCACACACUCAGUCGAAGGCGUAUCAUUCCGCUCCCCCAGUGGAAGGCGAACCCCGAGACUGACCCCGAGGCUCUGUUCCACAAGGAGCAGCUGGUGCUGGCGCUGUACCCCCAAACCACCUGCUUCUACCGAGCACUGAUCCACGCACCCCCGCAGAGGCCUCAGGAUGAUUACUCUGUGUUGUUUGAAGACACCUCAUACGCUGAUGGAUACUCCCCCCCGCUCAACGUGGCCCAGAGAUACGUGGUGGCGUGCAAAGAGAACAAGAAGAAAUGAAUGAGAGGCAGAGGAGAGACAACAUACUUGGGAGAUAACAUUUUUAUAAAUAUUUUUUGUGUGCAUUUUUGUGAAAAAAUAAAGAAUGAGGAAUUGUA